AAGAUCUUUGAACAACUGAAUUUGAUAGGAAGGAAAUAACAUCUUUGUGAGGUAGCGGUAUAACAUCUUCCACCGGCCCGACCAUCAUGGCUGAAGCGGAGCAACAGCAAGCAACGCCAGAACAACCUAAGGCAGUCCCAAAACAGAAGGAAGUAGUUGCUACAAAGGUAACUGGCACAGUUAAAUGGUUUAACGUCAAAAGUGGGUAUGGAUUCAUCAAUAGAAACGAUACCAAGGAGGACGUUUUUGUGCACCAAUCAGCCAUAAUAAAGAACAACCCGAAGAAGGCCGUCCGAUCAGUGGGCGAUGGAGAACUGGUAGAAUUUAGCGUAGUUAUUGGAGAAAAAGGCAACGAAGCGGCCAACGUGACCGGCCCGAACGGUGAACCGGUGAGGGGAUCACCGUACGCUGCCGACCGCAGAAGAGGUUACCACCGACAAUGGUUCUAUCCGAGAGGCGGCCGACGGGGCCGUCGCGGCGGUAGCAGAGGCGGCGGACCGCCCAGAGAAAGUCAAAGCGAAGGCGAGGACGGAGCGCAAUCCGGAGGCGAAGGUGGUCAAAUAGGCAAAGGCCAAGGUGGACCGCCGCGUCGGUUCGCGCCGAGGCGGGGCCGCGGCGGCAUCGGCGGCGGCGGCGGUUACUACAGGGGACCGUACCGCGGGCCGCCGGGCGAUCCGGACCAGAAUGGCGAUGCACCCCGCGGCCGAGCGCCGCCGCGUCGGUUCUUCCGCAGGAACUUCCGCGGGAACGGCGGCAGAGGCAGGCCGCGUUCCCAGGACAGCCAGGGCCAGGCUGGAGAGCAGAACGGUCAGGAUGGACCGCGCGGGCCGCCGCGUCCACGCUACCGCAGGCGUGGCCCGCCACGUCCACGAGGCGGUAACUCUCAGUCGGAGUCUGCUGCAGGAGGAAAUCAAAAUAAGGCUCAGGAAAAUCCUGCACCAGCUAGCGCUGAAGAGAGUCAACCAGUGCAGAAUACAACUACAGAGAGCAAUGCUUAAGCGUUAUCGCGCUCAAGUCCAUCACUCUAUAUUUAUAAUAAUUUAACAACGUUUAGCGCGUGAGUUUGUAAAACUUAAAAGCAGACAAAAGGCAUUUCAUGGCGAUUGAUUUUUUUAAGCAGUUAAUUUUUUCUCGUUGCAUUUCUAGAUAAAAGAAUGUUUGACAAAUGUAACACUUUGGCGCCAACAUUUUCAAUGGGAGUCGACAAAAAUUGAAAAAAAAUUUUGAUACUUUUUAUAUCCUCUUUGAUGUUUGUAUACUUGAUAAUUUGUAAAAUGUAGAUAUAAAAAAUGGCUCCAUUGAAAAUGGCGACAAACUUUUUUACUUGAGGUUCGCAACAUGAAAUGUCUUAAGACCUUAUGUCUAGCUGCAAUUUUUCCUUCGUAACAAUUAAAAAAUAAAAAAUUAAAUAAAAUUCAACGCUUGUCUACCGCAAAAGGGGACGGGGGUUGUACCAAAAAAAUAUAAAAUGAUUGCAACAUCUAACUUGACAAAAAACAUCUUUUCCAUUCUUGAACAAAGGAAAAGAAACAAAAAUUUAAAAAUGCAAAAAAAAAUUCGUAAAAAUCGAAACUAGGACAGUUUAUUUUCCUUUGGUUAAUUCGAUUUAUUUUUGUGGGAUUUAUUUUUCAAUGCAUUUGUGAUUGCAAUCUCAUUGGUUAAAUAAAUUUGCUCUUUGGGUGCUAGUCAUGUAUUGGUGUAUUUUUUUUUGACAAUUGUGUCUAUAAUCUUGCUUUAAAUAUCACAGAUGUACUUAUCAUUAAAGUUUUAUUUUUUUGUAUAAUCUAUUUGGGAAAUAAAUGCUGUUCUGUC